AUGACAUUAUCUACUCUGAUGCCUAAACACAGAGAACAGCAAGACGAAGAGAGAAAUACACCAAAAACAACAACCGGUCGAGAUCAUAUCGUCAAUAUGAAUGUUACUGCUUUAACUCCAACGAACAGAGUAGUCCUUUUCGAAGAUUUUAUCGAAGCUGAACAAUCAUCAGUCGAAGAAACCAUGGGAAUAGUGUCGAACAAAGAUGAUUACACAAUGCCGUGUUUGACAGUUGAUCCUAACCUAACCUAUAGGUUAGGAUUAGGUUGUCGAAUCCAUAGGUUAGAUAAAGAUAAUAAUGGUGAUCGGAUAGAUGACGAUGAUUCGGAAACACAGAAUCAACUUUACUCAUUACUUGUAACAGCGCUGGACGUUCAACAGUCGUCAAACCGAGAUCUAUUAUUAAAUCAUUUAUUAUCACAUUAUUUAAUUCAAUUUGAUAAGGGUGUUGACUACCGUAUUUUAUAG